AUGACUUCAGUCAAAAAGAAAACGUACACGACCGAUUUCCAAGGUACGGAUUAUCGAAAUUUAACAAAGACUUUUGGAAAACAAAGUCUCGAAGAGAUAUUUAAACCGAAAGAAAUAGACAAAAGUCUUCUUUCAUUGAACGACGUUGUUUUUCUCAUGGCGUCCUCAAUGAAUAAAUCGAUUAGUGAUGCACCAAAUAAAGAUGAAGAAACUUAUCAACUUCUCGAACAACUUGAUCAUAUCCUUAAACGACCGGAAACUUAUAUUGGGUCGAAUAAACCAUGUCACGAAGAAAUGUGGGUGUUGGACGAGACAGCGGAAGAAGGACCAAAAAUUGUCAAAAAACAGAUUACUUAUGUUCCGGGUCUAUACAAGAUUUUUGAUGAAAUUCUCGUCAAUGCUGCUGACAAUAAACAACGUGAUGCAACUAUGACAGCGAUCGAAGUCGAUAUCAAUCAGGAAAAGGGUGAAAUUAAAAUUUGCAACGAUGGUCGUGGUAUUCCUGUACGCAAAUGGGCACAGGAUGAAUCGAUUUACAUUCCAACAUUGAUUUUCGGCAAACUUCUUACAUCCGAUAACUUCAAUGACAAUCAGAAACGAAUCACCGGUGGUCGUAAUGGUUACGGUGCGAAAGUAACGAAUAUUUUUAGUACAAAAUUUACCGUUGAGACAUGUUCAAAAGAAUACAAAAAAUCUUUCAAACAAACUUGGACAAAUAAUAUGCGCGAUCCACAAGAUGCAAUUGUUACUAAAACCAGCGACAAUCCAAAAGAAUUCACUCGAAUUACCUUCGUACCUGACUUAAAACGAUUUCAAUUGGACAAAUUCGAUGAUGAUCUCGUUGCUUUAUUCAAACGACGUGCUUAUGAUGUUGCUGUGUCCACCGGUUGUAAAGUGACCCUGAACGGAAAACGUAUUCCCGUGAAAAAUAUGAAAGAUUACAUGUUGAUGUAUCUCGAAACCAGCGAGAAAGAAAUUGUUUACAAAAAAGUCAAUGAUCGUUGGGAAGUCGGUGUGGCGAAGAAUGAUCACAAUAAUGGUUUCACCCAAGUCAGUUUCGUCAAUUCAAUUCUAACAUCCGAAGGUGGAAAACAUGUUGAUUACAUCACUGAACAAAUUUGUCCGAAAUUAAUCGAACAUAUCAAAAAGAAAAGUAAAGCAGCAGCAGAGAAUCUCAAACCAAUGCAAUUGAAAAGUCACCUAUUUGUCUUCGUUAAUUGUCUAAUUGAAAAUCCGGAAUUUGAAUCUCAAGCCAAGAAACAAUUGGCAACUGAACGCAAACAUUUCGGAUCGACAUGUACGUUGAAAGAUGAUGAAACUUUCUUCAAAGAUAUUAUCAAAAAGACGGGAAUUGUUGAAUCAGUUAUCAAUUGGCUCGAACAUAAACAAGACGCCAAAUUACAAAAGCAAAGUGGCUCGAAAACGUCGAAAUUGAAAGGAAUUCCGAAACUCGAUGAUGCUAACGAUGCCGGAACGAAGAAUUCACAAUAUUGUACAUUGAUUGUUACCGAAGGAGACUCAGCUAAGGCACUUGCUGUCGCUGGUCUCGGUGUGAUCGGUCGCGAUCGAUAUGGUGUAUAUCCCUUGAAAGGUAAAAUGUUAAACGUUCGAGAAGCAACAACGAAAAAAAUGACAGAAAACAGCGAAGUCUCACAAUUAGUGAAAAUUCUCGGCUUGAAUUACGGAGAAAAAUAUGUAAAUAAAAGUGAUCUAACUAAAUUACGUUAUGGAAAAUUGAUGAUCAUGGCUGAUCAAGAUCAAGACGGUAGUCAUAUCAAAGGUUUAGUGAUCAAUUUCAUUCAUUACAAAUGGCCGAAUCUACUCAAACAUGAUUAUAUCGAAGUAUUUAUUACGCCAAUUCUUAAAGUCACGAAAGGCAACGAAGUGAUUCCAUUUUAUUCCAUGCCGGAAUUCGAACAAUGGCAAGCAUCGACGCCAAAUUGGCAAAAAUGGAAAUGCAAAUACUACAAAGGUUUGGGUACAUCGACUGCCAAAGAAGCAAAAGAAUAUUUUUCCAAUAUGGAUCGUCAUCGUAUCAUCUUCAAAUAUGAUUCAAUCAAAGACGAUUUGGCUAUUCAAUUAGCGUUCAAUAGUGCACUGAGUGAUGAUCGAAAAGAUUGGAUUAAAUGGCAUACGGAAGAUGUAAAUCAAAGACGUGAACAGAAUCUACCGGCUGAUUAUUUAUAUAAAAAAGAUACGAAACAGAUUAAUUUUAACGAUUUUAUCAAUAAAGAAUUAGUUCUUUUCUCCAAAUCGAGUACCGAACGUGCCAUUCCAAGUAUCAUGGAUGGUCUCAAACCCGGUCAACGAAAAAUCAUGUUCGUCUGUUUUACUAAAAAUCUCAUACGUGAAAUCAAAGUUGCACAGUUAGCGGGUAAAGUAGCUGAAAACUCGGCUUACCACCACGGUGAACAAUCAUUGACAAAUACCAUUGUUGGCCUUGCACAGAACUUUAUCGGCUCGAACAACAUCAACUUUCUCGUCCCAGCUGGUCAAUUCGGCACACGAUUACACGGUGGUAGUGAUGCGGCUUCGGCACGUUAUAUUUUCACUCGACUCAGUCCCCUUGCUCUAUCAUUAUUCAACAAAAACGAUGAACCGUUAUUAGCCUAUCUGAAUGAAGAUGGGAUGAGUAUUGAACCCGAAUGGUAUUGUCCAGUGAUUCCAACUGUUCUUGUUAAUGGCGCACAUGGUGUCGGAACUGGUUAUUCAACUGAUAUUCCAUCCUAUAAUCCAUUAGUGCUGAGUAAUAAUAUGAGAUAUUAUAUUCGACAAGAACGCAAUCGACAACGUCAGAUCACUGAUCCAGCUGGUCAAUUGAAUGUCUAUGCCGAUGCGUUGGCCUUACAAGAAUUAGUUCCCUGGUAUAAAAAUUUUACAGGUGAAAUUCGAUUGCUAGAUAACGAUCGUUCACGUGGGGUGAUCAACGGUGUUUGUGCUAAACUUGAUGAUGCAACGCUCGAAAUAACGGAUUUACCAAUCGGAACAUGGACACAAUAUUAUAAAGAAAAUGUUCUCGAAGGAAUGCUUCAUCCAAAACGAAACGAUAUUCCACCGAGUAUUCUCGAUUACAAAGAGUAUCAUACGGAUACAACAGUUCGUUUUGUUGUCAAAUUAUCUCAAGCACAAUUUGCUAAAUUCAACGAAGCCGGUCUACAUAAAAGUUUUCGCUUACAGGAAACAUUUAAAUUAACAAAUAUGGUUCUCUUUGAUCAUCACGGUAUUUUACAUCGUUACCGAACACCGGACGAAAUUUGCGAAGAAUUUUUUACUGUUCGUCUUCAAAUGUACGUCAAACGAAAAGAAUAUAUGGUCGGUACAUUGCAAUCUCAAUGUUCGAAGUUGGAUAAUAUCGCGAGAUUCAUCAAAGAAAAGAUCGAAAAUGUGAUCAGUGUAGAGAACAAGAAGAUCAGUGCAGUUGUAGAAAUGCUUAUCGAACGAAAAUACGAUCGAGAUCCGGAAAAAGUCUGGCGCGAAGAAGCACGAAGAAAGUUUUCCAUCGAUUCACAAGCGAGUUCUUCGAGCGACAACCCGGAUCAAUUAGCAGAUUUACAGCAAAAACAAGACGAUGAAGAGGAUGAUGAUGAAGAGAACGAAUCUGACGAACGUAAAAAACCGAAAACAACAACUGCAGCGACAACAACGAAAGUUGAUACAACGUAUUAUGACUAUUUGAUCAAUAUGUCGUUACGUAAUCUAACAAAAGAACGGCGUAAUGAAAUUCUUCGAGAGCAACAAGAAAAACACGAAAAACUCGAAGCGUUACAAAAGAAAUCUCCCGAAGAUUUAUACGAAGAUGAUCUAGAUCAUUUCGAAUCAGAAUAUCACAAAGCAAUCGCCAAAGAACGUGCUGAUGAAAUGUCUGAAGUAGCUCACUAUACGACAAAGAAAGCUGGUGGCGCUGAUGGCGAUGGUAAGGGUCGUAAGAAACAAUUAGCAAAACCACAACGUGCUGAAACACGCCCUGCACCCAAUGGUCAACGUAUCGCACCGGUAAUCGAUCCGGCACUUGUGAAAAAAGUUGCUGAAGAACUCAACAAACGCAAUCGCGAAGAAAAAGCUAUUGCUGAUAAACGAACAAUCAUCGAAUUUCUCGUUAAUGAAGGCGUGUCAUCGGAAGAAAUUUCCCAAAUUAUGCAAAUGCGUUGCAAGGAAAAGAAGAGAGUUGGCGGUGGCAUAGGUUUAGCUUUUGUUUCAUUGUUUUCAUUUCUUAAUCCUUUGUUUUUCUUUUCAGAAAAGAAAUCUGGUGAUACAACCAAAGAAAAGAAGAUGAAUGGCACAAUGGAUGAGAACAGUAAUACGUCCAUUGUUUCCAUUGAUGGAAAAGAUAAUUCCGAAAAUCCAAGAGAUGAAAUCACCUCUCCGAAACGUCCUGCAAAACGAACAGUCAAAGGCAAAGUUAAAUAUGGCAGCGAUGACGAUGAGGAUGAUGAUGAUCGAGAGAAUUUCGAUGAGAACGAAUCGGAUUAUGUCGGUAGCGAUUCUGAAGCGGAAAAGGUUGUCAAAAAGAGUAAAUCUAAAGCCAAAGCAGAAUCACCUGAAAAGAAAAAUGCAUUGAGUGUUCUAAUGCAAAAUCGACAAACCAAAGAUGAGAAUAAAACGGAAAAACCAAAAAAGCCUCGCGCAAAGAAAGAACCUGGUGCAUCAACAACCAAGAAAGAACCUGCAAAGAAGGAAACGAAAACCGGCAAACGAGCCAAACCUUCAGCUGAUAGUGAUGAAGAUGAUGACAUUGCUAUUGUUUCAGUUUCACCUAAUGCAACCAAAAAGGCUCGUAUUCAACGUGAUAAUAAUGCAAAGAAGAAUUAUCAUAUCUCAGACGAUGACGAUUUUGAUUAA